AUGGUUUCCUUCAACACCAUUUGGAUUUUCUCUCUCGCUCUUCUCCUCACCACUUCUCCUUUCCUCCAAGUUGUUAGGUGUCAGUCAGAAUCAGGUGGAGCUGUGGAGACUACUGAGAGUGAUAUUGGAAUUGUUGGUGAUGAUGCUCAAGACUUUGAUAGUGUUGGAACCUUUUCUGCUGCUCCGGGGAUUGAUACGAUAAGUGUGUUUCCGAAAAAUAUUGCAAAAUUGGUUACAGUUGGAGACGAUACCGAGCUGCUAGUCGGUGUAAAAAAUGAUGGUGAGUCCAGCUUGAAUGUUGUUGCGAUCAAGGCCAGUAUUAACCUUCCUGUUGAUCAUCGUCUUCUUGUUCAAAAUCUUACUGCUCAGGUUUUCAACAAUGGUUCUGUACCAGCCUCAGCGCUAUCAUCCCUUGUUCCUCCGCACAUCAGCACCGAUCUCCCUUCAUCGCAAACCUAUUAUGCAAGUUGUCCGCAUCAAACCAACCGUCAUCCACCGAACCACCGUAACACCACCUAUUUCUGUCCAAUCUCCACCAUCCAUCCUCCGCCCAGAACACUUUCCACCGAGCAACUGUUCUUAAACUUCCUCUCACUGCCACAGCAUCACGCAAACACCAUCAAUCCACUGUAA